UUUCUGUAUUGUGUGAUAUUUUGACUUUUUUUGUGCUGGGUUCCGGUUUAGUUUGGUUAGAGUCCUCGAUAAUUGUGGAGGUUUCCUCUAGACGUGCCAUUUUGGUUUUGUUAUUGGCCCGAUCAUAUUCAUUCAGCUGGGUAAUGUUAACCAAUGCGGCCAUUUUCCUCUUCUUAUUCUCUAAUCUGUCCUUUCUUUUCGAUGAUACAGCUUUCAUUCUCGGAAUUUCCCCAUGCAAUAUCCAAUGACUGAAACUCAAUGAAAAAUACAUGUUUCAGAAGGAAAUUAAGCGCAAAUUACCAGAUUUUCAAAAGUAAAGUUAUUAUAAAAGAUUUCGUCACGUAAUAAUUAAUUUUUAAAGCGUCUGGAAUCAUUGGUACUGUUUUGUGGUGUUUGGAAAUUUUUGAGGUUACCAAACAAAUUUAAAAAAUGAAUAACAUUUUAUAAUAACAGGUUUUUACCUGGGACAUUUGGCCACAAAAAUCGAAACACCUCUCCCUUAAUAAUGCGAAAAAUUCUCCAACAAUCUAUGAUUAUUAUUAAUCAUUAAUCUAAUAAUCUAUUCCAACAAAAAGAUAAACACACUUCAAACAUGCGGAUUUCGGGCAAAUUUUGACAGCUGACAGGUAUCUAAAGUACCAACCACAGAACAUAAACUACCAACCAAAAAAGCAAAAGAACCAUAAUUGAGUUUCAAUAAAACAAAUUAUUUUACACCAAAAGGUUAAUAUUAUUGUAAAUUUAUCAAAAAAAUAAGUUGGUAAUUUUUAAUUAAAAAUAAAUCCAAUUUAUUCAAAAACAUGUUAUGUAACGUUUGGCGGGAAAUUUCAAACAAAUCUUGGGCACAUGGCUGGAGCCGAUAAAAGCAUCAACUGUUUUACCUGUCAGAUCUGUCACCCUAAAAAGAACUUUUUUAUCAAAAAUGUGUGAGGUUUUCUUGUGUUAUCGCAAUUAAUGUCAACUAUCUGUCCGGUUUUUCAUAGUGGCACGUGUGCACAAUAGACUGUUAAUUGGAAAACAUUACGUUACAUAAGGCUGAAAGGAGAAAUACUACGUAAAUUUAAGUAAUAAUAAAAUGGGUAACGUACACGCCUCGUCGGCCCCAAGUAAUGCACCAACACCGCCUCCGUUCAUGAAAUGCGACGAUACAGGGGCGAGAACCAGGGAAAAACUCGAAAAUCCAGGUCCGCUAGAAGAUAUCCACACAAAAUGCAAAGGCGUUUUUCCAACAUGUUUCGAAGGAGCCAGAGUUAUGUUGACUCGCGGUCUCAGCAAUCACUUCCAAAUCUCGCAUACGAUAAAUAUGAGCUCGAUAACGCCCAGUGGGUACAGAUUUGGCGCCACCUACGUGGGUUGCAAACAAUUAUCGCCAAGUGAGGCGUACCCAAUUUUAUUGGGAGACAUCGACCCGGCGGGAAAUUUAAACGCCACAGUCAUCCACCAAGUACAAAGUAGGAUACAGGCAAAAUUCGGAGCACAAGUUCAAGGGUCGCAGUUUACCGUUGGACAGCUGACGUUGAAUUACAAGGGCGACGAUUUCACUUCCAGUUGUACCGUGGCCAAUCCCGACAUUAUAAACGGUUCGGGGGUACUAGUUUUGCAUUACCUUCAAGCUAUCACGCCGAAUUUAGCCCUGGGAUCCGAACUUGCCUACCAGAAGGGGUCUGGUAUCCCCGGAGGCGAAAUUGCCCUUCUAAGUGUCGCCUCAAAAUACACGACUGAAAAUGUGCAAGUUUCCGGUACCGUUGGGGUGUCAGGUGUACAUUUGUGUUACUACCAAAAAGCCAGCAAGCAGUUGCAAAUCGGCGUGGAAUUGGAGGCUAACCAUAGGAUGCAAGAAUGCGUGGCUUCUAUUGGCUACCAAGUCGAUCUGCCCAAGAGCGAGGUAGUGUUCAAAGGUCAUGUAGAUACGAAUUGGUCCGUGGGCGCGGUGUUGGAGAAAAAACUGAGCCCGCUCCCGUUCACUUUAGCAUUUAGCGGUCUGAUGAACCACAGUAAAAACCAAUUUCGACUUGGAGUCGGUAUACUAAUCGGUUAAGGCUCCAUUUGUGCGAAUCAACAAUAGGACUUAGCAUCAAAUUCAUUGUUGACUUAACAAUUAAAAAGUUUCUAAUAAUUCACGCCCACAUUUUUAUUUUACUUAAUUUUGUGCCCUGUUCAAUUAUUAAAUAUCGUAGUAGCGAUGUCUUGUACAUACUUGUUUUUAUUUUCAAUAAUCAUGUAGAGAUUUCUUUUUUUGAAGCCACACCUAGCGCCGUUUUUAUUUAUUUUUUAAGGUGCGUUUUUUCGAAGAUUUUCUUAUAUUUGGAAAAAUACGUGUCGGAAUAUCAAAAAGUGCAUUAUUAAUUUUUUGUUACUUUUUUUACAGUGUACAUUUCAGAUAAUGUAAAAUAGUAGACAAAUAUAUUGUUGACAAAAUAUUGGACUUUUAUUUUCUCAUUAAAUUACAACAAACUUAUUUCCUAGGUCGUCCCGCUCCUUUUUUGCCCACCCCCGGCUGCUUAUCCUUGGGUUUGUUACUUAACAAUGGAUGGACUUCUGCAAAAAAAAAUACAAUCCUUUCUUAAUAAAGGUCCUUGGUACGCUAUUGGUCAAUCG